AUGAAACUCUUAGAAAAAUUUGUGUAUGCACAAGUUUUGAUGAUGUUAAUGGUGAUAUGGGCCAUGCCCAUGACUUACGGUCAUGGUGACAACGUGCCGAUGCCUGGUCAUGAAUCCGUGGCUGGUGAUGGAGCCAACCCACCAAAUGGUGGCGACGGAACAGACGCACCCGAAUCCGGUUGGCAUGACGCUCGUGCCACCUUUUACGGUGACAUCAAUGGUGGAGAAACUCAACAGGGAGCUUGUGGAUAUGGUGAUUUACACAAACAAGGUUAUGGUCUAGCCACAGCAGCACUAAGCACCGCGCUAUUCAACGACGGAUACACAUGUGGAGCUUGUUACGAGAUCCAGUGCGUGAAUGCACCACAAUGGUGUUUGCCCGGAACCAUCAAGAUCACAGCUACAAACUUCUGUCCACCAGAUUUCAGCAAGACUCAAGACAACUGGUGCAACCCGCCACAGAAACACUUUGAUCUCUCCCAACCAAUGUUCCUUAAGAUCGCCAAAUACAAAGCCGGGGUUGUCCCGGUUAGAUACAGGCGUGUUCCUUGCGCCAAAACCGGUGGUGUCAAGUUUGAAAUCAAGGGGAACCCUCAUUUCUUAAUGAUCUUGCCGUACAAUGUAGGAGGAGCCGGAGAUAUCAAGACCAUGCAGAUUAAGGGAACCAAGACCGAGUGGAUAACCAUGAAGAAGAAUUGGGGACAGAUUUGGAGCUCUGGUGUUGUGUUGACCGGACAAUGCUUAUCGUUUAGGAUCACAACAAGUGAUGGCAUUACGAAAGACUUUAUGGACGUGACACCGCCAACUUGGGGAUGUAAUGGACAGAGUUUUGAUGGAAAGGUCAACUUUUAG